UAAUAACCAUCACACGGCGGGAAAAUUUCAUAAUGAACACCGGCGUCGUUUUUGGUCUACUAGAUCUCCCUUGCGGCCUUUUUCUUCAUUAGCGUCCCAGCUGAUUUACCUUUUCUGCAACCUAAAAAAAGAAAAAAGAAAAGCAAAAAACCUCAAAAUCACCAUGGAAGAAGAACGGCCAGACCCAAAUCUCCCAGCCAAAACCCUGGACCACGAUGCCGACUUACAGAAAAAGCACCAAGCCAUGCUCGAUCGCCUCUCCACUCGCCACCACGCUCGUUUAGACAACUCACUCGCUCGCCGAUCCGACUCAACCAACUCGUCCGAGGCCACGUCCUCUUUCCUCUCCCGCUUCUCCGAAUCCAAGCAAUCCAUCGACUCCCAACUCGCCGACUCCCGUCUCAUUGCUCAAUCCGAUCCAUCUCGCCUCAAAACUCAUUUCGCCAAUAUCUCUUCGUCCAUCUCGGACCUCGAAAAACUCGUCGCGGAGACCUCGUACUUCCUUCCUUCUUAUGAAGUCCGCUCUUCUCUCAAAACCAUCUCCGAUUUGAAGCAAAAUCUCGAGAUUUUAAACUCCGAAUUGAUCCCCAAAAGGAAAUUCUCCUUCAAAAACAAAGCCACAGCAAAAAAGGAACUCCCCAAAGAACCUGAACCCGAACCCGUAAAAUCUGACGCCGUUUCAGUAACCAAUUUCAAAAUCCCCAAUUCCCCAGGGUUUAGAAAUAAAACAAACAAAACCCUAAUUCAGAAGUUCAAGGGAACGGAAGUUGGAGAAUUUACGCUAUCCAAUCUGGAUUCCUGCGAAGUGAGAUUAAUUGGCUGCUGCAAUGCGGUUUUUAUGAACAGAUUGAAGGAUUGCAAGGUUUAUUUGGGGCCGGUAAUUGGGUCGAUUUUGAUAGAGGAAGUGGAAGGGUGUGUCUUUGUAUUGGCUUCGCAUCAGAUAAGGAUUCAUUUGGCGAAAAGGAGUGAUUUCUAUUUGAGACUGAGGAGUAGGCCUAUAAUUGAGGACAGCAAUGUUGUGAGAUUUGCCCCGUAUUGUUUGGAUUAUGAAGGGAUUGAGAUGGACUUAGAGAAGGCAGGGUUGAGUGAGGAGACAGGAAAUUGGGGGAAUGUGGAUGAUUUUAAGUGGUUGAGAGCUGUGCAGUCACCGAAUUGGUGUGUUUUACCGGGGAAUGAGAGGGUUGGGAAGGUUCGGGUUGAGGAUUUUGAGAGCGGAAAUGAAGGUAGUUGAAGCUUGUUUUUGUAAUAAAAGUGUGCGAAUUAGUUGAGUUGUUUUGAGUUCUGGUCACGUUUGGAAUUUAUGUUUGCUAUCAUUUUUUGAAAUGGAAUUGGAAAUGAAGUGGCAAAGGAUCAUUUUUAUGAAGCUGUUUACGUGUUUCUUCCUAUUUUCAGUUGCUGAUUACAGGCUUUUUGAUUAGAUUUGUUAGACUUAUGGCAAAUGAAAUAUGGAAGUUAUUAAACUCAUGGCAAUCUUUAUGUUACCGCUUUCUGUAAUUCUGGUUACAUGUGUGCCGGCACUCAGAGUUAUUACUUGUAUGAUUAGGACUACUUGUGUAAGUCUUUUUGGAGGUCUGAAGAAUCUUGUUUACAUGUUUUUGCUUUAAACUCUACUAAAGGGUCAAAUAUAUUGCUUUACUGAACAUUAGCUGAGUGGUUGGUUUGUCCCUCAUUUUCUUUACAAUGUGCAAUAUAAAUAGCAGGAAUUUGGAGUUAGCAAUUUAAGGUAGAUGAGAUGGAUGAUGCAGUCAUAAACAUGAUGAUGGUUUUGGUUGUUGGAUUGAAGUGUACCUGCUUCUUUGGUUGUACAAAUGAUUUCUGGAGCUUGCUAUUGGAAUCUUAAGCAUCUGCUUGAAUGAAUGGGGUGUUUACGUAAAGAAUACUCUGAUUGAAAAUCUAUCACUUCGUUAAAUGAUCUUUGCCUAUGAUUUCUGCAUUCAUUAAUCAUGCAUGGAAUCUGUGUUAAUGGUGCUUGUAAGGUCAGCUAGAGUUGUUCCUAAAACACAUACUCCGAAGGCAAAGGUGACAGAAGUUUAAAAAGAUAAAAAAAGAAGAAUUCUGCCUCUGUAAGUGCAUCUACUCAUCCAGUGAAGGAAAGGAAAAAUCCACAUAUGUUUUCUCUGCCUUUACCAUUCUUGGAGUCUCAUAGCUCUGCUACUUUGAAUUUCCACCUCUAAAUCUCAGUAUAAUUGCAGAUCUCAGGUUUAUGCUCUGGCUUCUGAGAAAGGGAACUAUUUUAACAUUUGGAGCUUGUUCUACAUUUCUCUGCCUAUUAAUGAACUCGUGCUCAAGAAAAAGUCCGAUUCGUGGAAUUUGAAGUUGUGAAGGUGCUUUGAACAUUAGAACAAUUAACUACUUUAUUCUUAGUUUGAAGUUGUCCACAACUUUUCGUUUCUUAACUACUUUAUAUUAUGUAAACUUUGAUGAUUAAUUUGGCUUCUCAUACUCAAGAACUA